AUCCACUACUGCCUCCAACCCCCUCACUCACCUACACCACCCUUUCACCACUACCACACAAUUGUGAAAAAAUUGUGAUCUUGUUCCAACUUCCAAGAACAGAGCUUCUUCAGAACUUCACCAAUACAAUUCUAGCUCCUUUGCAGCUAUCUUGGAUCAUCAGCCAUCAUCAUGGGAAACUGCCUGGUGAUUCAAGACAGGAAGGAGAUCAAGAUCAUGAGCGUCGUGGACGACGGCGGCGAAGUCCUCAAGAUGCCAUCCCCGGUGGGCAUGCGCAUGCGCAGCUUGAAGGUCCCGGCCGAAGCCCUCUGCGAGCGCCUACCGGCGGCGGCGGCUGCUGCUGCCGGCGUCGACGACCCUGCUGCUGGCGCCGCCGUCAGGGUGAAGCUGGUGAUCAGCAAGCAGGAGCUGAAGAAGAUGCUCGACAAGGAGGGCAUGUCGCUGGACGACAUGGUGUCUCUCAUGCGCAAGGAGGCGAGUGGCCGAGAACAGGAGGAGGAGUUCUGCUGUGGAGGGUGGCGACCGGCGCUGGAGAGCAUACCGGAAGGCAGCGAUCUCUAGCACGUACGUUAUACUGCCUGGCAUCGUUCUUCGAUCAUCGAUCAGAUUCUUGUGAAAGUCACAGGAUCAGUGAUCGUGCCUACACUACAUACAUACAAGAAGUUACACAAGAUACUUUUUGGAAUAAGCGUAAGCAAAGCAUAUGUAUGUUGGGUAUAGCAUAUAUACACAUGUAGAUUAUUAUAUAUAGAAAGAGAUAUAGUAUAGAUAUAGAUGGUAGGAGUUUUGAGAUAGGGAUUCUCUUCAUCUUUUCUUGUUGGUUACAUGCUUUGUAAAGAAGAGGUAAAGAUGAUCCUGGAAAUCAAGCAAGUUUUUAUGUAUAUCGUACUA